GAGGCCAACGCACAAGCGCACACACGUCCACGUGAGGCACCGAGGACACAGCCAGCAUGAACUGGGGAUUUCUCCAGGGAAUCCUGAGCGGCGUGAACAAGUAUUCCACGGCACUGGGCCGCAUCUGGCUGUCGGUGGUCUUCAUCUUCCGGGUGCUGGUGUAUGUGGUGGCGGCGGAGGAGGUGUGGGAUGACGAACAAAAGGAUUUCAUCUGCAACACCAAGCAGCCAGGCUGCCCCAAUGUCUGCUACGACGAGUUCUUCCCCGUGUCCCACGUGCGCCUCUGGGCCCUGCAGCUCAUCCUGGUCACCUGUCCUUCCCUGUUGGUGGUCAUGCACGUGGCCUACCGAGAAGAGAGGGAAAGGAAACACCGCCUCAAACACGGGCCCAACGCCCCAUCCCUGUAUAGCAACCUGAGCAAGAAGAGGGGUGGCCUGUGGUGGACGUACCUGCUGAGUCUCAUCUUCAAGGCUGCCGUGGACUCGGGAUUUCUCUAUAUCUUCCAUUGCAUCUACAAGGACUAUGACAUGCCCCGAGUGGUAGCUUGCUCUGUGGAUCCCUGCCCUCACACCGUGGACUGUUACAUCUCCCGACCCACGGAGAAGAAGGUCUUCACCUACUUCAUGGUAAUCACAGCAGCCAUCUGUAUCCUACUCAACCUCAGUGAGGUCGCCUACCUGGUGGGCAAGAGAUGCAUGGAGGUCUUCCGUCCCCGGCGCCGGAAGACUUCCAGGAGGCACCAACUACCAGACACGUGCCCGCCGUAUGUCAUCUCCAAAGGAGGUCACCCUCAAGAUGAGAGUGCCAUCCUAACAAAGGCCGGGAUGGUCACAGUGGAUGCAGGUGUGUAUCCAUGACCUGCAGGUAUGGUUAUGA